AUGAUGGCGUGGUACUCCCUCCUCCCGCCUACCCUCUCCUACAUCGAAAGCUCGGUAGUGCACAUCUUCAUAUUCCUCGGCUUCGUUACUAUCUUCCCCUGGGCGGCGCUUCUCAUCUUCGAUAUAUGUCUGUAUACGGGGCGCAUGUUGACGUUCGAAUUACCGGUCGUGGGAGGUCGAGCUCGCGGGAAGCAGCGGCCAAGGGCGCCGAGUUUGAAUGAGCGGCCGGAUGGACAGCCUCGAGUACUGGUGGGGUUGAGUGGGAAUACAAGUGGUGGCGGUGUUGGUGGCAGUGGACGGGAGGAGAAGGGGGUAGAAGGGAUGACGAGGAGGGUGGUUGCUCAGGUGGAGGUUAAUGGUGGAGGUCAUGGUGGGGAUUGA